CUUGAAAACAGAGGUUUCAAUGGGGCAAUUUGUACCUCACAUAGCUUCUGGUUUUGUAUUCACUCUUCUUGGCCUUUGGCAUACCGUGAAUACAAUCAAAGCCUACAAUCUCGGAUGUGGUUCGAACUUUAAAGUAAGAUUUUGGUACCCUCUCGAUCGGCCCCAUUCCAAUCUCAAGUACUUAGAGCUCAUUCUCGUGUUCUCUUUUUCGGUCAUUGGAAUUUGUGGACAAUUUUGGGACUACCCUUUUGUUCAUUUGUCUUUCAAUGUCAUCAACUUGGAGCACGCAACGAUGUUCCUGCACCUUGCCAUCUUUUCCGGGUUUUCCCUCUACAACGAGCUGAAUCAUUCGUCGAGUUUAUUGUCUGGGGUUGAGGGUGUCUUUGCAGCAUGUGUCUUUAGUCAAGAACUGUUCUUGCUUCAUUUCCACUCGGCUGACCAUAAUGGCAUUGAAGGCCAUUACCAUUGGCUCUUGCAGCUCAUUGUGUUUGCGUCGCUCGUGUCGGUAAUAGUAGCUGCUUGUUGUCCUACCUGCUUUCCAGCAGCCAUUGUUCUUUCAUUAUUGGUUGUUUUGCAAGGGUGUUGGUUCAUGAACAUGGGGUUCAUGCUAUGGGUUCCAAACUUAGUUCCUAAGGGCUGCAGCAUGAGAAUUGUGAAGAACGGUAAAGACGAAAUGCUCGGAGCAGUGAUUUGUGCCUCCAAGGAAGCUGAUAUGAGAGCACGAGCGCUCGCUAACCUGCAAUUCAGUUGGAUACUAGCAGGGAUUCUUAUAUUUACUGGAUUUAUAAGCCUCAAAUGUACAAAAUCUGAAACUUGCACCCCAAAGAUCCAGAUAUCGGACUACGAGCAGCUUUGAGAAGCGCGAAAGAUGUCUAGAACGGUCAUGAAUGAGGUGAAUCAAUUGGUCAAAACGGUCGAGACAAUAUCCUAUAAAUACUAAAAAGGCUGUGAUAUCGCUGUUGUUAAAACCAUCAAUCAGAAUAAAUACAUCUAGAACUUGUGUAUGUUUUGCAGACUGAAACUUGCUACUGAAGUCGACUUCCAGGAUCAACCCGAUUCAGUAGGAAUCAAACAUGAAGAACUGAUCCAAUCCGGCAGAUGCGAGCGUUAUCGAAACACGCUCGAAACCCGAUUCAAUUGGAAUCCCACACGAAGAAAAGAUCCUUCCCUUUAAGGCCCUACUUUUCAUCUCUUUUACUGUUUGAUAUUCUAGCAUUUAUGGUAUGAAAGAACUUUUCUUACUGAUUCUCUGCAUGAUUCCUACAAAGAACACCACUGCUGAUACAACACAAACGAAGAACGUAUUCGAACACGGUCCAUAGUGUUGACUCUCCCAUGUAAAUGGAUUGUAACCUCCUAGAUGAAAGAUGAGGUGAUUUCGGGUUGGAGAAGGACAAAGAACAUACAAAAGAAACAACCGGACGAGAACCCUCUAGAAGGAUCGAGGGUCGACAACCAUUUCGCCAGCAGAGCUUCAUUACGUAAACUGAAGCUCCCUAUGGCUAGGCCACCCAACUCCACUAGCUUAACUACUCCCUCCCACUUAACAUGAUAAGGAAUCACUUGAAGUAAGAUUCGGAUUA